CCAUGCUAACUGAGCAAAAAGGUAAGCACUGCGGAGAGAACCUAACUAUAGCGGACCAGGCAGCUAUUAGGGUAUGUAUUAACGACUUUGUAGUGCGAGGACUGCUUCCUUUCAACGAGCGGAGGAUGAGAGCCCUUAACGAGGCGCUGAAUACAAGACGAGGAUUACGGGGUACCUUCUUCUCCGCAACUAAGAAACUGUUUAGUCCAGGACCUAAACCAGGGGUGUCUGGUAAAGUACCAGCAAAUCCUGGGUAUCUGACGGACUCGCCGGAGAUACUGCUACGUAGAUUAGGUGACAUAUCCUUCCUCCUGCAGCAUUAUACCAUGGCUUAUAGCUCAUACCAUCAAGUUAAGAGGGACUUUCAGAACGAUCAAGCUUACAACCAUUAUGCUGCAGCCCUGGAAAUGACGUCACUUUCUUUGUUUAUGGGCAGUGGAGUGAGGAGAGAGCCACAUCCGUACUACGAUGAAUGUAUCAACGUUUAUCUUAACCUUUGCAAAUCCCCGCUGUACGCAAUGAGAGCAACACUAGUGCACUGUGAGUGUUUGAUAUCCCGUGGUUAUUACCUCUCAGCUGCUGCUUGGUUUAUUAAGAUGGCUAAUGACGAAAAUGAUCUGAACAGUGGACUUCUACUUGAACAGGGCGCACAUUGCUACGUCAGAGUGGACCCUCCCUCUCUCAGGAAAUACGCCUUCCACUUAGUGUUAGCAGGACAUCGUUACAGCAAGGUGGGACAGAGGAAACACGCUCUCAGAUGUUACAAGAACGCCGGGGACAUCUUCAAGGGUAAAGGGUGGUCGCUGGCAGAGAACCACAUAGGUUUCACAAUUGGGAAACUAUCAUACUACGUGCGGGAUAUAGACGGCGCAUACGACGCAUAUCAAAGUCUUCUAACUUACAAUAAUGAUUGUGUGCAUGUAAUGCACUCCCAAAUACUCUUCCAGAAGGGUAUACAGGACUUCGUAUCAGUGGUUCAGAUCUACCUGCAGUCCCAGCCCCCCAGCACCACUGUGGAACUACCUAUACCCAUAGUGGAUAACAAUAACAUCCACUUGUCCUUGUUCGGGGAGAAGAUGUCAGGGAUGGUGAAGGAGACCCCUGAUUUUGACAAAGCUAAAAGACAGGGAGAGUUAGAGCUUGAAGACGUUGCUCACGGACUCAUGAGUGAGGGGCGGGUUUCCUUUUUCAAACCUAGCCAGACAGUGUUUAGUGGCGAUACCCUCAACACCUUCAGACCUAUUUGUGCUAUUAACGAGACGGUGACGGUGCUGAUUCCAGUGAAGAACCCUCUCCAAGUACCCCUCACCUUAUCUAACAUAUCUUUACACUGUCUGCACUCCCCAAGGGACCCCAACCAUCCUAUCAAACUAAUUAAAGCACCUUCAAGAGGCUCCUCACCUGACAUGUCCUACAAAAGCAAACUAAAGACUGCUUCUAAAGAUCAGGUAGAAACGUCAGAGCUAGCUCGGUUGGUACUAGGUCCUGAGGAGGAGGUUAUAAUAUCCCUGUCUGUUACCCCGCUAGUUGAAGGGAACUUGAGUAUAGCCAGCCUUGUUUACCAUCUGGUAUCUACUAAAGCACUGGACAAGCAAGCUCCUGAUGGCAGCAAAGAGAGUGUGAUGGAGAACAUGAUUCCAGGGAAGAUAAACCUGUGUCCGAGAGGACCCCGGUUAAACCAAACUAAGGAUCAGCGUGUUGGUCAGGUGUACGGUAUUGACAACAGACUCAAUAUGCUAGUGACGUCUCCACUCCCAAGACUUGAGCUGGAAACUUCCUCCCUCCCAACUCACCUGUUUUGCGGGGAGGUGAAGUGUGCAGUGAUAGAGGCCACCAACACCGGGGCUACUCCUCUCACUAAACUCUGUCUUGCUACUUCUCGUCCCUGCUCUCUCGGAGAGGUGCGACUGUCGCCGUUUCAACCUGUGGUUCACCCACGAGGCGGGCAGUUUUGUCACGUGAUAGAUCCCUCGCAUCAUGCUCCUCGAGCUGCUGUCGUUAAUCUCCCUGACGGUCAACUCAACCCCGGUCAAACGGCUUACAUAGCUGUGUGGGUUUAUGGAGGGGAGGAGGCGGAGAAAUACGAUUUAGUUACUCUGUUAUACUACACUCCUUCCACAGAUAUUCCUGGUGUAACUCACCGGGCAGUGAGCACAGAAACGAAGGUCAACAUCAGUGUGAGCGUGACGGUAGAAUCGCGAGUUUGUAACGUUACUCCGACGUCCCACAACAAAUUACAGCUGCUGGGUUCUGUUAUCGUUAACAAUGUGGGAUAUUAUUCGCUCAGUCUACAAGAUCUUCAUGUGACCCAGCUGAGUUUGGUGAGCAACCGUUGGAUCAUGAAUAGCUUGGAGUCUAACAUUCCAUUAGUUGUGUAUCCAGGUGCAAGUAUCAACAUUCCAUUUAGAGCUGAACUUUCUCCCAAGGAAUCUGCUUACUUUUCUAGUGUCAGUUUGGGAGGUGGACCGCUAGUAGACACCUCAGCUAAUCACGUGCUAGAUCUGUACAGGAGAUCACAGGCCUGCCUUGAGGCGAACAAAACCUCCGCAGACAGUCCAUCUCCCCACUAUAACAUGGGAAUGUUAGUGUUCUGGGAGGGCAGUGUCUCUGAGGAGGGGAACAAGUCUAGAAUACUCCAUGCUCAAAACCACACCGCUCUACAGGCUUCUCUCCUUCCACAACCUCAACAGUUACUAAGUUUGGGUCUGAGUUACCAGGAAACUUGGUCAGCAGAUUUCAAGACGGCACCUCUCCUGCCGGUACCGGUAACACUGCACAUUACAAACUGUUACAACACCUCACUUACUGUUAUGGUUACUGCUAAUACCACUGCUGGCAGGCCGGCUCCACCAAAGGACACACUCCCCUUCAUGUGGUCGGGCGUGGUCCGUCACAAGAUAGAGAUACCUGAUCACGUGACGAGAUCAGUAAACUUGACCGCUGUCUUCUCUACACCCGGAGUAUACAAUAUUAACCAGUUGUCUGUGUGUGUUUCCAGGGAUACUGGCCCUCUUCCUCAACUCCUGGAUUCUACUUCUCUUCUUAGAGUGGACGCACUCUGAUUCAAUUUGUUAAUUGCUCAGUUUAUUAGUAGAUUAAUUGUUCGAAAUGAAACUAUGUGAGUUUAUAUUGCCAAAUGCCAAUAGUAAAUUUAUGGAUUUCAGCUUGAUUAAAGUUUAAACUUUUGAGUUAUUGUGUUUACUGCUGGCUCAGGGAAAUUCUCACCAAUAACCAUUUCUGUAUUGACUAUAUGCUGUAUUGACUAUAUACUCUAUACUAUAUAGUAGCAGUAUUAGAAGUAGAGUACUCUAGUAAUAUAAUCAUUAUUAUUAGAAGCUAAUUCUGUAAAUGUCAGUUUUAAUAUUUUGUUGGACCUGGGAAAACUUUUAACGAUUUAAUGUGAUAAAUUAGAGACGAAAUUAAGAUUUGUAAAAUGUAUCACUAAUUGCUCCUGUGAUGUUGAACAACUUCAAAAUAAGUUUAUUUAUUUGCAGAGAUAUG